UGUUUAAUCUUUUAAUCAAUGUUAGAAGCAAAUUUACCAGUCAAUAAUAUCACAAGGAACUUAAAAAAAGAUUACAAACAAACAAAGAAAUAAACAAAAAGCUGUGUUUGUAGGAACUAAGGGUUAAGGAAUUUUGUUUCCGGCGAGCAGAGUCAUGUAGCACCGCUGGUCCCAUCUUGGUCGGAGAGAAAGGGGAAAGCGGAGAGAACCUUCCAUUACAGCUGCUUUGUCAGCACUCUUCUUUGUUAUGGACCCUCCCAGUGGGGGAGAUGAACGGCAGAGGCAGGCAGAGCGUCUUCGACGGGAGGAAGCAUAUUAUCACUUCAUAAAUGAAUUGAGUGAAGACGAGUACCGCCUCAUGAGAGAUGGUAACCUGCUGGGCACCCCUGGCGACGUGACCGCAGAGGAGCUCCGUCAGCGUCUGGAUGAAGCAAAGGAGUGCGUGUCAUCUCAACCCCACCCUGAGCAGCGCUCACAGACCGUGUCUGCUGGAGAGCAUCAGAGCAGUAGUGAUGAGGGAGAGCAGAGAGGUGCUACAGAGCGAAGAGGGACAGGGGGAACAGAGGCUGGAGCAGAAACAUCAAAUAGUGAUUCAUUGCUCGAGUGGCUUAACACCUUCAGACGUACCGGUAAUGCCACUCGAAGCGGACAGAGUGGCAACCAAACAUGGCGUGCUGUCAGCCGGACCAACCCCAACAGCGGGGAAUUCCGUUUCAGCCUGGAGAUCAACAUAAACCAUGACCAGCCAGAGCCAGGAGAACAUAAUGAGCCUGUGGACACUGCAGACCCAGUUGAGAGGCCACUGAACUCUCCCAUCUCAGCUGCCCCCUCUACUAAUGCUGUUUCCUCCUUAACUAGCCAUCGCUCUUCAGUCGCAUCAAGGCCAGCCCCAUAUCCUUCUUCUUGGCCAGCUAUCAGUACAAGGAUGCAGACUCGGCGUACUCGCAGUAGUAGUGCUUCACUUUUAAUGAACCCCUCUGCACUUUCCCCAGAAGCCAGCCCAGUUGGUGUUCAAAGGAGGGGGACCGUUUUGCACCCCUCUGUAACUCCUGACACUUUUCCAAAUCUUCCUGUUGAACACACUACACCUUUUCGACAUCAGCUCUUGAAUGUAGAAGUAGAACAGGGGCAUAGUAAUGCGUCACCUCCUCUAGACUGUCCAAUAGAGCAGCCAACACCAUCUGGGUCACAAGCCGCAGUUAUGGGACAUGAAUCAGAUGGAGGUAGGACUCGAUCAAGAGGUCGGGCGCGCAGGUCUGCGGCAGGAAGUGGGGUCUCACCUCGCGUGUCAAGACGAAGUCGCUCCCCUUUGCAAAGAACACAUGUUGUAAGUAAUCCUCCACCAUCCAGCAGUGGCAAUAGCGGCUCUGCUACUCAUUCUGUUGAGCCAAGUACUGUCACAACCUCAGUGUUGAUGGACACGGGUGAAGCCGUGUCAGGACCCGCUGCUCUGCCGGGGUCAGCAGACGCAGCAGAACGUGAGAAUGGUUCGCAUGUUUCUGGAGCUGGUGGAGGUUCCGCAUUGAGACGGCACCCUACGAUCAUGCUAGACCUUCAGGUGAGAAGGAUUCGACCAGGUGAAAACCGUGAUCGGGACAGCAUCGCAAGCAGAACUCGCUCCCGUGCACGAGUUGCUGAGAACACCGUUACCUUUGAAAGCGACAGCGGUGGAUUCAGACGAACUAUCUCUCGCUCUGAGCGGGCCGGGAUCCGCACCUACGUUAGCACUAUCCGGAUUCCACUAAGACGCAUCAGCGAGACGGGCCUGGGAGAACCCAAUUCCACCGCCCUACGCUCCAUCUUGCGUCAGAUUAUGACUGGAUUUGGGGAGCUCAGCUCCUUGAUGGAGACGGAAGCUGAUUCUGAAAAUGUUGCCCCUAUUCCCACAGAUGCUAGUGGUACUCAUAGUACCUCAAGUCAUCUGUAUACAAAUGAAACGGCACCUAACCAGGUUGGAACAGGGGAGACUGUUCAGGAGAGAGUGGGGCCCCUGGGGGUCGACCACGACCAGGGUGGGCAGGCCAGACUUGGAGGAGCAGUUGUGAGCACCACUGAUGGGCGGCCCAACAAUAGAGACACCAACAACCUAGUAGAAAACGGCACCUUGCCCAUCUUGAGGUUGGCCCACUUUUUUUUGCUUAACGAUGACGAAGACGAUGAUCAUCCCAGAGGCCUGACCAAAGAACAGAUUGACAAUCUAUCCACACGUACAUACAGUCAGGCCAGCCUGGAGGGCGAGAUUGGUCGUGCAUGCAGUGUCUGCAUCAACGAAUAUGCCCAGGGCAACAAGCUGCGCCGCCUGCCAUGCUCCCAUGAGUUUCACAUCCACUGCAUUGACCGCUGGCUGUCUGAAAACAACACCUGCCCCAUCUGCAGGCAGCCUAUACUUGCAGUGCAUCAUGACUGACCUGUUUUCUCAUGACUGACUUAGCUCUUCUGGCUUGCUGAAAUAAGUAAACGCAAUGCUUUGCAUGUACAUAGCCUUUUCAUUGUUAAAUUUCUUUGAAAAUAUCUAUUGUGUUGAGCAAGACUGAACCAAAAGUGUGGAAAAACUAUACAUGCAAAGAACUAACAAAACUUUAUUUUUUUAGAUUCUUUGUUGCAACCCGUGUUUUCAUCUUCCUGUGUGUUUCUUUUGUUUACCAACAAAGUCGACGCAUCAGUGUAUGGAAUUAAUGUUGUGAGGAGCUUCUGUAGCUGCUGCUGAAUAGUCCCACUCUAUUUUUCUCAUGGCUGGUAAGUGGCGUCUCUUUCACGGCUGGAUUAUAAAAACCUCUCCACCCAACCGGUGUAAGUUGUAAAUAACUCACUGGUGCUAUAAAGGUACAACGAUACUCAUGCCAUCUGCCUAGAGGGUGAGCAGGAAAUACUUUGUUUUUUUACUUUUACCAUUUUAAAGCGUCACAAAUUUGACAGCGUACUUUUGCAGUUUAAUAUAAAGUGUAUCAUAUUGGGAAUUUUUAGAGCUACGGAACCAGUUAAUUUAUCUUCUGCUCUUUAAAGCCUUUUAGUUGGCUCUACUGGUAUUUGAUGUUCUGGAGGAUCCAAAGGCAAUUGGGCUGCUUUAAGGAUUAAUUUUCUUUUUGUUUUUAAACCUGCAUUCCACUUUGUAAUGAGCAGAACAUUUGCAGGUUCACAUUUCCUUUAAAUGCAACCAUUUGACAAUUUUUUUUUUUUUUAGAUUUGCUUUUCUUUUAUGAUUUAACAAUACAGGAAAUAGGGAAAUGAAACCCUAAAGAGAACAGGAAUACUGUAUACAGAUUGAGGUAUUGAACGUUUAAGGGGAAAAACAAAUCCCAUCUGUCCAAAAAAAACAGUUGGAGUAGUUAUCCCAGUGGCAGCAUAGUUUCUGGUUAGACGCGUUUAUAUACACACGUUGGCCGUGCCCAGGAGCUUCCUCGAUCCCAGUGAAUUUGGCCUAAAAAUGCCUCGUGCUCUAAAUGUAUUUAUUCGUGUUUUCACUAUAGUCCAUGUGUGAUCAAAUCACACGGAUGGUAGUCAAACCCACAUCUGAACAGCCAUGUUCAAGUCUCACUGCAAUGUCAAUUUCAAAUCCUUUCAAAACAGGACACUUGGAAAGGACAUUACCUGUGGUAGUUUACAUUUGAAAAUGAAUGCGGCAAGCAUGUGAUAAUCAGGGAUUCAGACUUGUUGGUAAAAGCUGUGCAAUAUGUUGUUAGUUACUGUUUACAUGCAUUUUCUAGUUGUCAUAUCCACUUAAAGUAAAACUUUGUUUCUGUUUCUUCUCUAUUGUUGCCAUUUUUUUUUUAUGUUUGUGAUCAGCAAACAUUUGUAAGGAGGGGUAGAAAGGUUUCAGCAGUUAUCCAGUUAGUGAGAAAAGCUUUUAACAGGCAUCCAGCAUCAGUUUUGCAUAUUUUACACAUUCUCUUUUUUUUUUUUAAAUAAUUUAGCAAGUUUUGAUGGAAAUGUAUCUCCCUAAUGUGGAAGAGGUGGUAAAUAGAGUAAAAACACCCAGUCACGUAUUUCCACCGCAACAGUAACAAUAAACCGGUCUACUUGCAUCAAUGCAUUUGUUAUUUUGCUUUUUAUUAUGACAGGAUUAAGGCAGUAUAGUUUGUAAGAAUGUGCGAACGCUUGUAUGUGAGGUGAGAUGAUGUUGUGUGUCUUUCAAGGGGAAACAGGCCAAGUGUUCUCUAAACCUUGUUCUAAGAAAGCUUCUGUUAAGAGAAAGUUUAAAAGUGGUUGUUGGCCGACAGAAGUGAAUAUUUAUUUGUUCCUAUUUAAGAAGAUGGACUCAGUCUUUUGGAAUAUGAAGUGUGAAAUGUUUUAAUGUAAUAAGAGUAAAAUAAAAUGCUAUGACCAAUA